UGCAUUAAAACUUCCUGACUUUCUAGCGAGUCACUAAAGACGUGUGUGAUAUUUUGUUGUACUGAUGGAACACAACAUCGCACCUGUUGGCCGAUUGUGGUCGUUUCUGGUCCAUUGAUAGCUUCGAUCGGUGCAGUUGUUGACAGUAGAGUUCUUAAUCUUGUGUUUGACUACAAGGAAGCAACUCAUAAUAAACGGUUCCUUUCAAGUCCCACCAUAUACCCAGUAGAACCGUCCUGACCAUUAGUUCUGGUUUGACCACCGGUUAAGCUGCUUCACCACGCUUAAACCACGAUUAUUUUCACACAGUGUUGUCAUAUGAAUCCCAUUCUUCAUCCCCAGUACCCAUCCGUUUAAGCAAAGGUUCGAUUUCAUUCCGUUUGGCCAAAAUUGCACAUAUUGUAAUUCGAGCCAUUAUGUUUUAUGGUGCACACGGGUGGCGCUCAAACAUCGAGCUACUUUAUGAAUCCAGCUUUGCGUAAAUGGUUUUAAGCUGUUCGAUGAUUAUUCUUAGCCUUAUAUAAUUUACUAACGAAUAUUGUACACUAUGCUUACAUAACUCAAUGAUAGUUGGCAGACGGUUGGCAUUGCCCUUUCCGGACAAAGUUCCACGCAUACGUGGCGGUAUUCCCGUGGGACCGGAAGAGAUUCCUUACGCGGCUGGCUUAAUGAUACAACAAUCGAUGGGUAGUCGCUGGUGUGGCGGUAGUUUGGUGUCCGUGAACUACGUCUUAACUGCCGCUAGCUGCUUUUUGUACCCCGGUCCCACCACAGUGCUUUUGGGGGCCUCUGAUACAACCAAUGUGGCAGAUAUCGUUGUAGCAAGCGAAGUUACUCUUCACCAGGCAUUUGUUGCUAGCCAAAAUCUCAACGAUAUAGCUUUAGUACGACUGGCCAGACCAGCUGACAUAACCAAUAACGUUCAAUUGGCGCGGUUGCCCAACUGGAGGCAGGCAGAAUCCCCUUUCCUCGGCCAACUGGCCACUGUAAGCGGCUGGGGAGCACUUGGUCAGAACGCUCCGGAGUUACUGCCCCUUAACAAUCUUCACCGCCUUAGUGGCACGAUCAUUACCAACGCAGCUUGUAAUUUGCAGUUCUUCGGAGGCAUUACCGAGAGUCACAUUUGCGCUGCGACGACCAACGGAUCCCCCUGUCUCGGCGAUCAGGGAGGACCGUUAACAGUGCAGGAUGCUGACGGUGGCCACACCGUAAUCGGUGUUUUCUCAUUCGUCUCCAAUCUCGGAUGUGACGUUGACUGGCCGGCAGUAUACACGCGCGUCACGCGUUACCUUACCUGGAUCGAGGCAAACUCAGACGUAAUCAUACGCACCGACUUCGAGUUUUUACCGACACCACCGAAUCCAAUCACUACCACCACGACCACACCGGAACCGACACAUCAGGAAACGACGACGACCAGUGUGUUUACCACGACUACUGUUACACCGGAGCCGACACACCAGGAGACGACUCCGACGACUUUGUCGACUGUGACUGCUUCCGAUCCGAUCACGGGAACAUCGCCACCACUAACAGAAACUGUGUCAACUGUACCUCCACGCAGAACAGUGCGACCUGUAGUAAAUUCUUAG